AUGGCAGACUUUUCAUUAUCCAACAGACACUAUUUUACCCGAUCAACCUCUGCAGGCUGGAAAAGAGCUUACCUCCAGCAUCUCGGAGACAAAUCAUUCAAUUGGAAAGUUUCGACUGGCAAUGCAGGGGAUGGGAACCUAGUGCAAUACCCGUCAUACAUUCCACGUAAGUCUCAGUAUGCCUACUGGGCUUCAAAUACAGUUGGACCUAAUAAUGUGUCUCUAAAUCUUGAUCGUAAUGGUCAGCUUUUCCUACUUAAUUCUACGGGCUUCAAUAUAAUGAAUUUCAGCAGCCAAGGAAACUCCUCUUACAAUUAUCGUUUGACAUUGGAUUAUGACAGACUAUUGCGGUUAUAUUCUCAUGGCUUGAAUCAAGAUGGUGAUGAUUGGUCAAUUAAAUGGUCACCUCAACCCAGUAAAUGUGAUCCUUCGGGUCUCUAUGGCAUAAAUGCUUAUUGUACUGUACAGGAACAGAAAGCUGUAUGUACAUGCCCUCUUGGUUUUGAUUUCUUAGACCAAGGACGACAUAAUUUGGGCUGCAUGAGAAAUUCCAGCGCAAUUGGUUGCCCGAGCAAGAAUGGAGAAACAGUUGAUAUUCUUCAGGAAUUGGAACGUGUUGAAUGGGAAGACAACCCCUAUUCUAUCUUGUCAUUGACCAAAACCGAGUGUAGAGAGAACUACUUGAAAGACUGCGAAUGUGAAGCCGCACUAUUCAAAGAAAAGGAGUGCAGAAAACAGAAGUUUCCGCUAAGAUUCUGGAGAGAACGACAAGGUAAUUCUGGUACAACCAUAAUCAAGGUGAGAUUUGGGAGUUCGAACACAACACAGGUAAGCAAGGGAAGAAAGAAACAACAGGGAAUGGGCGUCUUAUUUAGCGGUUUUGCACUUUUAGUUUUCGCGUUAAUUGUGCUAGCUUUUUCUGCUUUUCUGAUCUUGAGAUACCGUCUAUGGUCAUACAAAAAGGUUCCUUACGAAGUUAAUGAAGGAUUGGUUGAGGAUGUCUCUCUACGAGUAUUUACUUACAGUCAACUCGAAGUUGCAACGAAUGGCUUUGUCGAACUACUGGGUAGGGGCUCUUUUGGGACAGUUUUCAAGGGAGUCUUGUCCAAUGGGCAGAUGAAAAUUGCUGUCAAAAGACUUGAAAAAGUUGUGGGUGAAGGAGAUGUUGAAUUCAGGAACGAGAUGAGUUCCAUUGGAAGAACCCACCAUAGAAACCUAGUCCGACUACUAGGUUACUGCCAUGAUGAUUCGAAUAGGCUUUUGGUUUACGAGUAUAUGAGCAAUGGAACACUUUCUGACUACCUUUUCAAAUCCCAAAUAAAGCCAAACUGGGAAGAAAGAAUUAAAAUCUCUUUGAAUAUUGCAAGAGGGAUCCUCUACUUACACGAGGAAUGCGAAACUCACAUCAUCCACUGUGACCUCAAUCCCAACAACAUAUUAAUAGACAAGCAUGGGUGUGCAAAAAUUGCAGAUUUUGGAUUGGCAAAGCUAUUGAUGCCAGACCAUUCCAGGACUCUAACCGGGAUAAGAGGAACAAGAGGGUAUGUUGCCCCUGAGUGGCACAAGAACUUGCCCAUCACAAGCAUUGAUGUCAAUGCUCCCGAAGAAGAGGCUAUUCUUGUUAACUGGGUCUGUGACUGUUUCAAGGCUAAUGAAGUAAGCAAGCUGGCACCUGAAGAAGUUGAUCAGCAAAGCUUGGAGAGGAUGAUUAGAAUUGGGUUGUGGUGCGUAGAAGAAGACCCAGCAGCUCGCCCUCCAAUUAAGAAGGUGGUUCAGAUGUUGGAAGGGACCAUAGAGAUACCCGAACCUCCAAGCGCGCAAUCUUCAUUUCAGCAUUAG